CACAGGCAGGUACAUACAGCAAUGUUGACUACAUGCUAAAAUUAUCGUUUCAUGAAUGUGUCUUUGCCUGUAAAGAGAGAAGGACGUCUACAGUGCUGAAACAGUCAGGACAGAAUAACAGACAUUCUCGAAACGUAAUGACUUCAUCUACGUGGACAAGCACAAGACAUUAAGUUAGAAUCUGUUGUGGAUGUCGGUGAAGGCACUCUCCCGGCAUUUGGCCAAGCUACAUCUCCAUGCCCCUCCUCAUCACAGAGCACUGCUCAGGGCUCAGCACCUGCACUGGAAAAAUGGAGAACAGGAGAAAGAAGAUGAGACAGAAAGAGUACAGCAACUGUAUACAUAUACGACAGGGGGGCUGACAUUACCGUAUAAUCCGGCAGCUUAUUACCGGGUGCGGGUCGAGCGGUCACCUCUCAUGGGCAGCGCGGAUAGCGAGGAGCCCUCCCAUGCCUCCCUAAAUCGUCCGUUUAGACAACAGAGUAACCCUUACAGCAUCAGCUCCUCCCGCCGCCUCUCCAGUGCCAAGAACAUCCUGCUUGACCUGGCUUUAAACCGACCUGCAGGCGAUAAGGAGGCUCGCUCUGCACCUUAUCCGAAAAAGGAUGUGCCCCCGGAUGUCAAAGGUGAGCCCCGUGCUUUUCAGAGAUGCCGGCCAGAGUAUGGCAUAAUGACCCAUGACCCAUCGCAGGACGUGACGCCCCUCCAGUCGAAACGAGUCUCGUUACUCCUGCACAAGGUCACCGUGCUCAAAGGACACAUGGGCCCGGAAGAAAUAAUGCACUUCCUCUCCGAGCUGAGCCGCCUCCCUGUGGAACAGAUGCCCUUGGUCCGGGGUGAUACGCGGUUCUACAUGCUGCUUCGCUACAGUGUGGAGAGCCUGCCUCUCUUCACCAACAUGCAGCUGAUUGAGGUCUUGAGGUCCUUCGUCAGGUUGGGCUUGCCCCACUCGCACAGCGUUCUGGGCCUGUAUGAGACCGAGUUCAGCUGUAGGACCAGCGACAUGGACCUUCACCAGCUGCUUCUUGUUGCGGACUUGUGGCGAUGCCUGGGACGGUCGGUGCCUCACUACCUGGAACGGCUUUACAACUGCAUCAACCUACACUUCAGCCAGAUGGGUCCGUCGGAACUGGUCCAGCUGAUCUACAUCAUGGGUGAAGGCAGACGCUGCCCCACCCCGCUGGUUCAGCCCCUGGAGUUGAUGCUCAUGCGUCAUUUAGACAAGCUGCAGGCAGAGGAAGUGAGUGCUGUCUGCCUCGGCCUCUUCAAGUCACAGACAUCCCUGUCGGAGGGGGCCGUUCGCCGGCUCGUGGACCGGGCCCAUGCUGUCGUCAGGGAGAUGAGCGACUUUGGGGUAGCAAAUGUCAUGAAGCUACUUCGUUUCAGCCACCUGGACCACGUGGCGUGGUUGGAGGCGAUGGGCACGGAGGUGCCCCGGCGAGCCCCAGAUAUGGGCGUGCAGGGAUUGAUGCACGUGGCCCUGGGCUGUUCCGCCCUGCACUAUCGCGACGACCGAAUCCUCCUGGCCGUAGCCGAGCGCCUGCCUGACCUCGCGCUGCACUGCAGGAGUAAGGACGCAGGCAAACUCCUGUGGGCUUACGGAACACUCGGCAUCCGUCCCAGCCAGUGUCCGGAGCUCUUCUCCUGCCUCACCAACAUCCUCCGUCAAAGGGAGCUGGAAUUCCAGCGCUACCCGGAACACCUCCUGACGGGCCUGCUGGGGCUGGCUUUCGUGGGUCAGUUUCCUCAGGACUUGCUGAGCUUUGCCCUGAGUCCGGAGUUUGUCAGCCAAGCCAACGCCUCGCAGGAGUUGGAACUGAAGAAAGACUUGUUAACCUUGGACGGUACGGUGGGUGUGGAACUGCCUGGCUGGACUGGUCCACGACUCAGUCAGGCGGUCAAAGAAGAGGUGAUCAAGCAGCUAUGGGACUUCGCUCAGUCCGACGUUUGCCAAAAGCCAGAGGUGCUGGAGGCAGAGACGAUGUUGCAGGAGCUGCUUGGUGGAAAGGCAUUCGUGCGAAAACACAUGAUCCUUCCUCAUCUUCGGUCCAUCGACCUUGAAGUUCACCUGGACCGUCACGGACAGCCACUGCCUCUGGACUCGGAACCCUGUCAGCCAAACCAGUCAGACGAGAACAGCUCCUCCUUGACUCAGAACUGGACUCAUACUGGGGUAACCCUGACAGAAGAUCUGCUGGCCCAACUCACCAACACAAAAAGAGCGCCAGCACAGCCAUCCAUAGCAAUGUUUGAACGGCCGCUCCUCCGUAAAGUGGAGCCUGCUGGUGAGAGAGAGGGUAUCAUCAGCGUCGGCGUUGAUUUGUCGGAUGGACUGCUGGGCGCUCUGACCAAACCCAUGAAUCGCUCAUCCAUCCGGGUCCCCCGCAAGCCGGAUGUGGUUCGACUUGCUGUCCAGGUGUCGAACAGGAACCAGUACUGUUACCGCACACAGCAGCUGCUUGGACUGCAUGCCUUGAAAAGGAGGCAGCUGGAGCUUGCCGGGUAUAAGGUGGUGGAACUUCCACACUGGGAGUGGUUCCCGCUGCUCCGACGUUCCAGGGCAGAGAAACUGGCAUACCUGCACUGCAAGAUUUUCAGCAGUUCUGACCUGGAAAAACAGACUUAACCAAGGAUAAAUACCACGUCAUAUGUGACACCAGAACUCAAUUUCAGGGUGGUCUCGUAAUUUUACCAAUAAUGUUAGAACAAGAUAAAUACAAGAUAAAACAUGCAGUUUUGUUUUUUCUUUAAGUCAGCUGUGAUGCUCCAGUUUCACCAGAGUUUUUCUAAUUGGUCAUGGCAGAAUUUAACAGUGAUUAUCCUUGACAAACAUACUCAUGCACCUGGUUACUUCGCUUAUUAUGGAAACUUUUA